AUGAACAAGACUUCCUGCCCUUCUCGCGGAUUAUCCGAUAAGCAAAACAGCAAUAAAAAUGUCAAUGCCCCUUCACUCCGCCUUUACCAAGUUUGGAAAGGAAACAAUAUUUUUGCCUUAGGAGGCAGAUUAAUAUUUGGUCCUGAUGCCAGGUCCCUUUACCUUACUAUUAGCCUCAUUGUGGUUCCUGUAAUCUUGUUUUGCUCUCUGGUUUCUCAAACUCUUGUGGAUAACUUCCCCAAUAACUUAGGCCCUCUUUUAGUAGCUAUUCCUGCUGUCUUCACUGUAUAUAUUCUUGUCCUUAUCUUUCUUGUUUCUGCAAGAGAUCCUGGCAUUAUUCCGCGAAAUCCACCAAAUCCAGACUUAGAUGAUGAUUGGGAUGCCUGUAGCAUGUCUACUGACUGGGCAGCAAGCGGUCGAUAUCUUCCACCUACAAAAAGCGUUAAUGUUAAUGGAAUGGUCGUGAGGGUCAAGUUUUGUCAAACUUGCAUGCUUUAUCGUCCUCCAAGAUGCUCACAUUGCUCUGUUUGUAAUAACUGUGUUGACCGCUUUGAUCAUCAUUGCCCAUGGGUAGGACAGUGUAUCGGCAAGAGGAACUACCUAUACUUUUUCAUGUUUGUAUCCUCAACAGCACUGCUGUGCCUUUAUGUUUUCGCUAUGUGUUGGGUAAACAUCAUCUUGAUUAUGAACGCCAAGAAUUGCAGCCUCUGGGAAGCUUUUAUGAAGUCUCCUGCAUCAGGGAUUCUUAUAUCAUACACGUUUACAGUUUCGUGGUUUGUAGGAGGCCUCUCCGUGUUUCAUCUUUAUUUGGUCAUCACCAAUCAGACUACUUAUGAGAAUUUCCGAUAUAGAUACGAAAGAAGGAUGAAUCCCUAUAACCAUGGAUGUGCUAGUAAUAUCAAGGACGUCCUCUUCUCCAAGAUACCCCCCUCCCAACAUAAAUUCCGUUCAUUCGUAAAACCUGAAUGGUAUUCUCAAUACAACAGUUCAAGAUACUUUGCAUACGCCUUCAGCGGCAACUAUACAAAGAAAAGCUAUGACACAGAUGUUUCUUACGAGGGAAGUGAGUUUGAUUUGGAGAGAUGUGAGACCCAUCAAACGGAUCAUUCGGGUAAAUGGUCGAACGGGCCUGAAUUGCAUAGAUUGGCGUCGAAGUUUAUAGCAGAAAAUGUAACUAGAGAGAAAUCUAAGAAAAAUGGAGGACUAUAA